UCGAUGGCUCCCCGGUUCCCUGAGUCCUCCUCCUCCUCCUCCUCCUCAUCUCUCUCUCUCUGGCUGUCUCUCUCUAAGUUGACAAAUUGAAUUUGCCGGGAGAGACCGAGGAAGAUGGCGGCCACUGACCGUUCCAGGUCCGAAGCUGCUAAGCAGCGGCGGCAGGACCAGCUGGCGCGGUGGCACGGCUCAGAGACCGACCUGACCGGCGCUCAGGUACGGGGCCACUCGAGCUCGGGCCGGCGGGCCAGAGUGCGCUUCGCCCAGGGCGCCGUUUUCAUGGCCGCCUGUUCGGCCGGAGACCGGGAGGAGGUGGCGGAGCUGCUGAGACAGGGAGCCGACAUCAACUACGCCAACGUAGACGGACUCACGGCUCUUCACCAGGCUUGUAUUGAUGAGAAUGCUGAGAUGGUACAAUUUCUUGUGGAGAACGGCAGUGAUGUGAACAGAGGGGACAACGAGGGCUGGACACCUCUCCAUGCAGCUGCUUCCUGUGGCUUCAUCCAGAUCACUAAGUACUUGAUAGAACAUGGUGCUCAGGUGGGAGCAGUGAACAGUGAGGGGGAACUUCCUGUGGAUGUGGCCACAGAGGAUGCCAUGGAGAGACUGCUGAAGGCAGAGAUCAAAAAACAGGGUGUGGAUGUGGAUCGAGCGAGGAAGGAGGAGGAGAGGGUGAUGAUGCAGGAUGCCAUGGCUGUUCUGUCAGGAAGUGGCGCACUUUCUCCUCACCCCAACACUCAGGCCACUGCACUCCAUGUAGCUGCUGCUAAAGGCUACAUCGAAGUGCUCAAAGUGCUGCUGCAGUGUGGGCUGGAUGUGGACAGUAGAGACUCAGAUGGCUGGACCCCUCUGCAUGCGGCUGCUCACUGGGGGCAGGAGGAGGCCUGCACUCUCCUCACAGAGCAUAUGUGUGACAUGAACGCUGUCAAUAAUGUGGGUCAGACUGCCCUUGAUGUAGCUGAUGAGAAUCUAGCUGAUAUGUUGGAGGAGCUGCAGAAAAAACAAAAUGCAAUGCGUACAGAGAAGCAGAAGAUUCAGCCUCCUGUCAUUGAGACCAGCCCACCCAUCUCUGUAGCACCAGUUCGUUCUCGCAGCAAGGAGAAGAUCACUCUGCACGAGAGAGAGAAGCACCCACCACCUGCUCUCCAAACACCACCCACUGAGGAGGAGGAGGAGGAGCCAAAUGCACAGAACCGCCCAGCUGCUGCACCAAAAGCUUCCAGCAGUUCCAGCUCAGAAGAAGAGAGCGAAUCAGAGAGCGAUGCUGAAUCAGAAAAAGCUAAAACAAGGGAGCUGAUUAACAACUUGAACAACAAACGUAACAGUGCCGCUCCUAUAACCACCACCACCACAGCAGGUAGUGCUACAGCAAACCAGGUUAAAAAGUCGGAGCCACCACGGGCUGCAGUGAGUGAGGCUCCAGGCUCGUGGAGGACAUCUCUGCGUAAGGCAGGGAGCUCAGUGACGCUGGGCUCCUCAGGGACCUCUGAUGCAGCCAUUGAAACUCUCCGGGGCCCUGAGAGUACCGCAGGCAUGACCCGCUCUGCCUCCAGUCCCAGACUCAGCUCAGACACUGACACCAAGGAGCCCAGGUUAGCAAGAGUACAGCCCACUCCGUCCAGACGCUUGUUCAGCAUUGCAGACACCAACACCAGCACUGGCACUACUCCAGACAACUCCAGCAGCUGGUUGAGCCGCAGCUCCUCAUACACACGCAGGUUAAACAGCCAGUCAAGCAGUGAGCCUGCAGGCCAGAACCCCUCUUUACCUCGCAGCUCGUCUUAUGGAAGGAAACUCGAUGACCCUUCAGUGACCUCAGUCACCUCACAGGGAACCUCUGGACUUAGCCGCCUCAACAAUAUUGUUUCUCAGAGACUAGCUCAGGAACAGUCAGAGAAGAAGGAACCCGUCUCCACGACAACAACUACAACAACAACUACGACAACAGGCGAGCAGGAGACAAAGCAGAGGCGCAAGUCAUACCUGACUCCAGUGCGUGAUGAAGAGGCUGAAGCUCAGAGGAAGGCUCGCUCCAGACAUGCACGUCAGUCUAGACGCUCCACUCAGGGUGUUACACUUACUGAUCUCCAGGAAGCAGAGAAGACAAUAAAGACGGAAAGCAAGGGAAAAGAAAGGAAGAAAGAGGAGGAGGAAAAAGAAGGGAAGCAGAAGAAGGGAGAGGAAGGGGUGAGAAAGGAGGUGAGUUGGAGGUCUCGUAUUGCAAACCUGCAGAAGUCUGAUCUACUGGGACUCACACACCCUCCUGGUGCUCCACGGCCCGCUGACAGGAGAGAUGCGGAGGACAGUGUUGGGGACAGCGAGGAGCGAGCGAGGGAAAGGAGGAGAGCGAGAGCGCGGAGGAGAGAAAGACUAGGAGAGAGUGAAGAUAAUGAGCCCAGCGCAGAGGAAGAGAGCAGUGGUGGGCAGGACCCACAGACAGACAGGCAUAUGAGCAUCAGGUCUAAUCUAGCCUUGAAUGACUGUAUAAUGGCAGGGGGCUCAAACACUAAGGAUUAUAAAAAGUUGUUUGAGGAGCUAUCUAGGGAAAACAGUCGGCUGCAGUCACAACUACAAGAUACACAGAGAACUGUGUCAAUGACCAGAAUGGAGCUGGAGAAAGCAACACAAAGGCAGGAGCGGUUCAGUGACUGCACAGCUCUACUGGAGCUAGAGAAAAAGGAGAGGGUGAUGUUGGAGAGACGUGCAGCAGACCUGGAGGAAGAGCUGAAGGUCUUGGGGGAUUUAAAAGCGGAUAACCAGAGGCUGAAGGAUGAAAACGGAGCUCUCAUUCGAGUGAUCAGUAAACUCUCCAAAUAGACAACACGAGAGAGAACACGCGAACAAACCAGAGGGGGGAAAAUAGAACGAGGGACAAUCCACCCCCCUCCCCCACCUCACAUCCUAGUGUGCCAAAGAAGAAGGAAGGAGAGUGAGAGAGAGACAGAGAGAGAAGGGAAGAGAAUGUCACUUUCUUACGUGUCCCAUUUAGUUGAAUUUCGGUUUGAACCUGAUCCACACAUGCCUGAGGACUCGCCUCCUUUACUCUCCAGUGUGUGGGUGGGUGAAGCUACCCCUCAACACAUACACACAUUCAUCAGCUCUCUGUUUAUCAGGAUCUUCAGGAGGACAGUAGGUAGAGAUGAUAUGUGUGCAGUCACUCACUCACACAGCCAGAGAGCGAGGCGUGUGCAAUGUUCUUACACACACACACACACACACAAUGUGCACAACAUUCACGCAAGUGUGCCACACACACGUCAAUACACAUUCCACAAGUCUCAGGCAGCUUCGGUCUGCGGUCAUUUUGCACCUUACAUACACUCCGCACGCAUGUGCACACGUACACAAGCUCAGAGUAAGGCUGAUCUAGCCAUACGUCUCCUCUUAGUCUGAGUUGCCAACUUUGGGACCACUUUAAAA